CCAUCAUCAAACUAAGUCAUGAGUCUACUCUGUUCGUUUUCCCAAAAACUUCUUUGCCACAUCUAUGCAAAAGGUUAUCGCCACCACUCCACUGGUAGAAUAUGCUGCCAGUAUCGCCAUUUUCAGCUCGCUAACUCCAUGCGUGAAACUUUAAUGGCGGUUUCACACUCUAACCUCCAUACUCUCACCACCUCUAAUCUCGGCAAACAAACUUUCUCCAUUUUCAACCCCCAAGCACCACAUUUCCCAACCGAAACCAAACGCCAUCUGAAAUUCCCCAUUAAAUAUAACACAACAAAACGAUCUUUUAAAACCGCCGACUUCGACGCCAGCACGGCGAUUCUCGUCGAUGAACAGUAAAAACGAAGAAAAUAAUUUUGAUUUCUGGAAGAAUUUCGAAGAUUGGACCGGCCUUUUACGCUCCGGUUUGCCUGGUUGCAGUUGGUGGAAACUGUGUGACGAGGAAGAUGGAGAAAUUUCCAUGGCGAAACCGGUCACUGUGUUGGCUGCUCUACGUAGAAUGUGGACGUUGAUUGGGGACGAUAAGUGGAUUGUUUAUAUUGCAGUUGCUUCCUUAGUUAUUGCUGCUGUCUCAGAGAUAUCUAUGCCAAGCAUAUUGGCAGCAUCUAUUUUUUCUGCACAGAGGGGUGAAGCUGGAGCAUUCUCUAAGAACUUGCGGUUGUUAAUUGUGCUGUGUUUCACUUCAGGGAUCUGCAGUGGCCUACGCAGUGGUUGUUUUGAAGUAGCAAAUACUAUCCUGGUUAAGGGCCUUAGAAAAUAUUUAUUUUCAGCCCUUAUUUUACAGGAUAUAUCGUUCUUUGACAUAGAAGCUGGUGGCGCAUUGACGAAUAGACUUGGAGCAGAUUGUCAACAACUUUCUCAUGUUAUUGGAAAUGAUAUCAAUUUGAUACUGCGAAAUGGACUUCAGGGAACAGGUGCCUUGAUUGCUUUGCUGACUUUGUCUUGGCCACUAGCAUUAUCAGCAUUGGCUGCAUGCUCUCUUUUCUCUACAAUCUUUCUGGUUUAUGGCCAGUACCAAAAGAAAGCUGCUAAGUUAAUUCAAGGGUUCAAUGCCCGGGCAAAUGAGGUUGCACAAGAAACACUUUCUAUGAUGGGGAUAGUUCGAGCAUAUGGAACAGAGAGAAAAGAAUUUGGAGGGUACAAGCAAUGGCUGAACAAAAUAGCUUUUAUAAGCAUUCGAGAAAAUGUGGCUUAUGGUUUGUGGAACACGAGUUUUAGCAUCCUUUAUAGAUCAAUGCAGGUUACUGCAGUGCUGUUUGGAGGAAUGUCCAUGAUGGCUGGUCACAUAUCGACAGAGCAACUUACAAAAUAUAUAUUGUACUGUGAAUGGCUAAUUUAUGCAAUCUGGAGGAUUGUAGACAAUUUAUCAUCUCUGCUGCGAUCAAUUGGCGCAACAGAGAAAGUUUUUCAGCUGAUGGAUCUCUUUCCCAGCAACCAUUUUUCAUCAGAAGGAACAAAAUUGCAGAAGCUACUGGGUCAUAUACAGUUUGUGAACGUAUCAUUUCAAUAUCCUUCAAGGGGACCAAUCCUAGAUCAUAUAUACCUUUCUGUUCGAGCAGGUGAAGUGGUUGCAAUUGUUGGUUUGAGUGGUAGUGGAAAAAGCACUUUAAUUAGUCUCUUGCUACGCCUCUAUGAGCCAACUGGUGGUCAGAUCUAUAUAGAUGGUCUCCCUCUCAGAGAGGUGGAUAUCAGGUGGUUGAGAGAGCAGAUUGGCUUUGUUGGACAGGAACCUCACCUUUUCCACAUGGAUAUCAAAUCAAAUAUUGCGUAUGGAUGCAAAAGAGUCAUUACUCAUGAAGAUAUUGAACAUGCUGCGCAGCAAGCUUGUGCUCAUGAAUUUAUUUCCUCUCUUCCUGAUGGUUAUGAAACCUUAGUAGAUGAUAACUUACUUAGCAGGGGACAGAAGCAAAGGAUUGCUAUUGCCAGGGCCAUUCUCAGGGAUCCUGCUAUCCUGAUCCUUGAUGAAGCAACCAGUGCUCUGGAUUCAGAAAGUGAACACUAUGUCAAGAGGCUUCUUCAUGCAUCAAGAAACGACAAGAAAGCAAGGACAGUCAUUGUUAUAGCACAUAGGCUGUCCACCAUAAAAGCCGUUGACAGAAUAGUUGUAAUGGAUGGUGGCCAAAUUGUUGAGAUGGGUCAUCAUAGCGAGCUUCUUCAAAUGGGAGGGUUGUAUGCGUAUUUAGUAGACUUACAAUCCAAAUCCCUGGCAUGAUUCAAGACUAUCAGUGCAGCUGCGAGUCUGUCUGUUUCAUUUUUUUGGUACAAGGUUUGUUGACUUCACUUGAUUGGCAUGAUUCAAGAGUCAACACCCCGUUAAUUGCUUUUGUUACUCUGGACAUCAAGAGGUAAGACGAGUCCAAUUGUCUGAUUCAUGAGAGUUGUAUGCUUGUGUGCUGAUUCAUUUUGUUAAAUUUUCCCCUUUUCCUUCGGAUCUUUCUUUUCACCGCUGACAUUAUCCGCAGGUUUUGGGCUUUGUUUCUUGCUAGAGGCUUUUACUGCCACUAGUGUUUAU